AUGUUCAAAGGAUGCGGAUUCUUUGCUCUCCCCUUCAAUCGAUUGGAACCUGAGCGCGAGUUGGCGUGUCGCCAGCUCUGCGGAAAGAUCGUUGCGACCCUUCCGCGUGAAGUCCGAGACAUGAUCUACGCACAGGUCCUGGACAACGAGGGGUAUGACAAAGACAUACACAUGUCUAGGGCGUCCAACAAGGGCUAUUUGGGGCCUCUGACAAGCUCUGACCCGAAGUUUCCACCACAAGUCUGCAAAAUGGGAAUGAGGGGAACAGAGUGGUACCUCUUCGAGCGCCGCUGUGUGGGGAGUACUUUCCUACUUGAACUCACUGAGACUUUCUAUCGCACGUGGAAGUUCAUAUUCACCGACGACCAUGUCUAUCUACUACCGACCUUCUUGGGAUAUCCCGUUCUCCCUGAACCAAGUGGUGGAGAUCUUUGUCCGAUGGGCCUUGUUCAAAAGCUCGAUUUGAAGCUAGGAGAAACUACCGACGGAUGGCAGACGGUCUUAAAGGGUCUUCAUACCCUUAUCGAACUCAAAUGUGCGGCUACAAUCAACAUCGAACUACGCGUAGUCUUUCGCUUGGGGGAUUCUCCUGAUACUCCAGGGAGGCUUUCAAAGUUGGUCGACGAGUUCGACGCGCUCUUCCCCGCGAUUAGGGCAAUGAAAGAAUCCGGCCACAAAGUGAGGGUUUACUUCGCAUCGAAUUUCAUAUACGGGGGAAUGCGAUUGGAUACUCCUGAUUCCCUUUGA